AUGUUAAAUCAUGCAAAAUAUAUACGCAAAUUAUUGCAAGUAACUCUAAAUACAAGAAGAAUUCGUAAUAAUAUAAAUAUUAAACAUUUUCGAACUUCUUUGUAUAAUUUUCAUAGUGAAUACGAAUGGCAAGAUCCAAAAUCCGAAAAUGAAGUAGUCAAUAUUACGGUUAUAACAAAAGAUGGGGAGAAAGUACCUAUAAGAGGAAAAGUAGGAGAUAACUUACUUUAUUUAGCUCAUAGAUAUCAAAUACCAAUGGAAGGUGCUUGUGAGGCAUCUUUAGCAUGUACAACAUGUCAUUGCUAUGUUCAAAGUGAUCAUCUUGAUAUUUUACCAGAAGCAACAGAAACUGAAGAAGAUCUUCUAGAUAUGGCUCCAUUUUUAAAAGAAAAUUCGAGAUUAGGUUGUCAAAUUGUAUUAAAUAAAGAUCUUGAAGGUUUAGAAGUUGAAUUACCCAAAGCCACUAGGAAUUUUUAUGUAGAUGGACAUACACCAAAACCACAUUAG